AUGUCGUACAGUUCUGGCCAUCAUAUGCCACGUGAUGGCCUUUCCUCAACAUCGCCUGCGAAUGCUCAUGGUGUUCGACCACAAGGAUCGCAAAUUGCAAGACCUGUCAAUUUUACACCCAGAAGCAGGACUUCAUCCUUCUCAAGCGUCGAAGAGACUGGCCCAGUACCAGCGCCAUCAAAUACCAAGAACAACCACCGCGGAAUUCGACUAUCUAUGCUCCCGCGUCCCAGGACUGGUAGCAUUGUAUCACCGACUACGCCAAUAUCUGCUGCCUCUCCUCAGAAGUCUACGCAACCACUCCCUUCGCCACAUUCUACUCCAGAGAUCGACAACCCAUCAUUGUUCGUGACCGGGCAACAAGUACUCUCUCAGAAACGGUCACGAAAUGUUCUUCGAAGACGAGCACCGACAAUAGGAAAGCAUGUGGAGCAAUUACAAUCCCACAAGCUCAGCCUCGUAAUUCCGCAAGAGGCUCAACCCGUCAACAUGAACAGUGCAACAAAGCAGGGCACGCCGGAGUCCCUGCCAUCAGGAAACUCGGCUUCAUCAUACCGGACCAGUCAUAGAGGGGAGAGCAGUGCGACUCUGAGCUCGGCAAAUUCCAGAUUAAAUGGCCCGGAAGAACUAGCAAGCCUCCGGACUACAGUUGAUACCCAGAACCUGCCACCUCCCCCUGCGUCAUUUCUCUCAGCAAGCAGUCCUUCGACAAGAUAUUCCGAGUCUCCAAGUAUCUGGAGUCGAGGAUCUACUCCCACUUCAUUGUCUUCUUAUUCUCCAGGUAUUGUACACUCGACAAAGAUCGGCCGUCUGCGGCAACCCAGCCCAUCACAGACACGGUUACCGGUGUUUUCUCCUUCAAUCAUCCAAUCAAGUCCCAAACAAGAAAGAACUGAGCAAAAAGCCCAGAAGCGUGUUCCUUCGACCCCUUCUGGCCUAACCUCAGUAGGGAUGGCUGACCAUGAACAGUCAACUAUCAAAUCUCCAUCUACCCACGUUCCAGGCCGGUCCUACAGCUCUCCCAGAAUCAACACAUUUUCAAAUGCUAGUCCAUCUAAUUCUGGAUACAUUGACACCGAAAAGGCCCGCAGAGAGGUUGAAGAAGCUGAAAGACGCCUGUUUGAUCCGCAAGGGGCCAUGGAAUGCUCCCCCGCACGUAUCGCGGAGACCCCACGCACUCCACCAAGACCUAGCAGAGAUGGAACUCAUCGUCUAGAGUUGGAAACUUCGCCUGUGGUACGGAGCAAUCUACGAUAUAUCAGAUCGACGGGUCACACAAGACGUGAAUCUGCGGAAAAGAUCCUAACGGCCAACCUUCCACAUCCUACACCAAACCAGUCUGCAACUGCAUCAAUUGACUCCCUGCACUCGAGAAGUCUAUCGCGUGGCUCAUCCAGGGGUGGAGAUUAUCCUGUCUUGUCUCGAAAGUCACCUCGGACAUUGACGAAAGAGCCUCCUAAGGAAAAUCCAGAAUCGAAGAUGGCUGCACCGAAACGCUUCGGUCUUUUCACGAAGAAGUCUAAGCCUGAUUUGGCAGAGACCACGGCAGAGCAAGCUCGCUUGCCACGUAAGGGACCCGCAGCUGGAACUGGACAUGAGGGGUAUGGAAAGUAUGGACAACGCGGCCGAAAAGCCAGUGGGAGUAGUAGCAGUGGCACGAGAACGAGGUCAACAAGCACGACGCGAAGUGCCGCCAGCAAGGGAAGCCUGUCUAGCAAGCCUGAGUUGGAGAUUGAUGAUUUUUUAAUGACUCGUCUGGAGCCUGUGAUCAUAAAUGGCGGAGGACUGGACGGUGCGUCGUUGGUCCGAACACAGAGCGAGCAGAGUAUGAGCAGCCUUAGUGUUGCCUCUGCUUCAAACUUGCCCCCAAAGGGUGCCCUUACAUACUCGAGUGGUCAGUCUACUGAUUCGCUUGCCACUUCGACGGGCACGUUUGGUGAUACGGUCACACAGACCACCUCCAGAAACAAGAGCGCUGAGCGCCAACCGAAUACCAGUCGACCUAGUGCUUCUAAAUCACGCAUGCCAGUUCCAAAGAGCAAGAGGCACGGGGUAUUUGCAAACUCUCAAGCUGCGGCAACUGCCACUUCUAUUACUAGUCAAGAGUCGAGUGUGAAAGCUCCACGUCAACAGAAGAAAGCUGCUCAGCAGCCCUCUGAACGACCGCGAAAACCAGAGCCGGUUGAGCAACAACAAGCCAAGAAAGGAAAGACAUCCAUGUGGAACUUCUUCCAGAAGAAGAAUGCAAGCCAGAACAAGAGCGGGCCUCCUACCACAGCUGCAUCUCAUACCGCCCAGCUCCAUGCUGCGAUCUCUCCAGUGCUGAACACUCGACCUGUCGCCCAUUAUGCAUUAGUCGACGCUGACUCCGACUCGCUUGACGAUAUCAUCAAUAAAAUUGAAGACUCUCCACCAACAGAAGAGGAAUAUGUGUUUCACCCAGUGGAAGUCCCAGCAGGCCUGAAUAUCAGAAAGAGAGAGCCAUCCAUCCUUUUACCUUCGCCGCCGAAGCUUCAUGGAGAGUUUGAUCAUGAUCGUCCAUCACCGAAGACAGCUAUGUUCAAUCGCAACCUCAUGCCUCCGGAACUUGAAUUGUCACCUGAAGUAGAACGACCAAGGCGGUUGGCUUCUGUUGGCCGAAUCCCUCAGGUUGUCUCAAGACGCGAUAGACAACACAUACCAGCGAUGCAGUCCUUUUCUCGUCCAUUCAGUGUUGCCGAGUCCCCAUCUCUCACUGUUCCUACGACAAGUGCUCCAAAUGAAUCCCGAUGGGUCACUGAUGCACCUCUGGAUAUGGGAAUAGGGCCCAGCGAGCCUAGGUGGGGACAGGGGCUUCAUUCUACUUUCAGUGCUUCCGAAGAAGCUAGCGCUUUGAACUUCCUCGCUGGUCCUUUUUCAGACUAUGAAUUUCUCAAGUUUCCACCAAAGAAAGACUCAACCUCGUCGGAUAGCUCUGCUGCCCUGGCAGCAGUUACUGCCGUUGCUCCAGUCCCUGGCUCGCCACCUACUGAAGAUGAGGUUUGGAAUGAGUUCGAUGAUCUGAUAGAUCAUGUUCUUUCACCUGAAGGCCCCGAGCCAAAGGUGCCUGCCAAGUCUGAGGAAGACGACAGAUUCGAACUGGCUACCAUGGCUAGUCGGGCUCUCCAGGAUGAGUUGAACAAUCCCACUCCUAUUCAGCGAGAGCAUGGCGAGAAUUCAGUAAGAUCAAGUGCCAGUUCUGUUCGGCUUCGUCGUUCUCGCAUAGUCUCAGCUUUGCAUUCAUCUACAGCUCCUUCGUCGCAACCUUCCUACAGCGAUCUUGUUUCCAGGUAUGGUGACUUGACAGAGGAAAAAAUAAAUGAAGAGAAAGACGAGGAUAUUUCGGCUACUACAGAACAAAAGUCUUCCAAUGACCAGCGCCGGAAACGCCGGUCUACUUUUCUUCAGUCUCUUGCUACUGUGCCUUCUCCACGGCCGAAGGUUCACCGUCAACGGGAAGCUGGAUCCUCUGAGCGUGAGUGGGAUGCCGUGACACGCACGAACAUGCGUUCAGCUUCGCUCAUGACCAGCCGUUGGCUCUCAUUUGGUCGAGUUCUCUUCAGUCCGGCACAUAACCACGUUAAGACUGGAGGCCAUGGAAGGAUUCUGGUGGUCGAUGGACUUGGAAAUGAAGAUUGGUCUUUCUACUGCUCCUUGACGUACCCUGAUGCAGAGGUAUAUAACCUCGGUGGUCGCCCUGUUUCUACAGUGGCUCCUCACCCCGCGGCGUGGCAGCCUCCGACAAACCACCACACCGUAUACCACGCUGGGUUGAGCAACCCGCUCCCUUUUCCAAAGGACUACUUCACCGUCGCAGUUCUCCGCUUCCCCGCCAUGUGCUCUGAGACCGUCCAAGGCAACAUCAUUCAAGAAUGCAAACGUGUACUUCGAACAGGCGGGUAUUUGGAGAUGAGCCUGCUAGACAGAGACAUGGUCAAUAUGGGACCGCACACCCGCAAAGCAGUCCGCCAGCUCAAGGAAAUGACCUGCCUGUCUGAUUCGACAAUUAGUCUCAAACCAACCAGUGACAGCGUCCAACGCCAACUCGGCACCCAGGGUUUCGACAAUCUCCGCCGCUGUAUGGUCCGCAUUCCAGUCGCAGGAAUGGUUGUUCGUUCUUCUGCCUCUACUACAUCCUCUUCCCAAUCCAUUUCAACAACUGCCCCCUCCGACGCCUUUUCCCUCCCCACAAUUUCCAUCACCACUGCAACAGGAAGCCAGAGCACAAGGAAUGCAUCAAAAUCCCCAUCUCACGAUGCAAACAUCUCUCUUGGUGAUCUCCUUUCCGAUCCAUCUCCAUCUCCAGCAAACGAUGAAUCCAUCGCGAAGAUCGUUGCCCGUGUUGGGCGCUGGUGGUACUCGAAAUGCUAUGAGGAUCCUGUCUUCCUCGGUGGAGACAGUGAUACUAGCAUGUGGAGUGACCGCAAAGUCCUUCGCGAGUGCCAAAGGCGAGGAACUGGCUUCCGAAUGUUGAUUGCAUAUGCGCAGAAACCGAGCGAGGUCCCGCGGCGCACAGCGAGUGUUUAG